AGAAGGAGUGAUAGAGAGGAGCCGUUCAGAGGCGACGAGCUGAGCUCGUGCAUGAUGGCAACAACAGUGUAGCGUUUUUAAUCAGCAGUAUCAGCAGAGGCUCCCUGUUGACUUUUAGUUGUUUUUCUUCUGGUCGUAUGAAAGACGCCUAGAGAGGCCGCAGCGCUUCGUUUGCUGUUGGUCUGGAGCUCGACAGGCGGUGUUUUCUCCGCGAUCGAGGAUGCGAUGAGAAAGAGGAAAAAGUAUUGCCUUUGGAAUAAUUCCGCUGGACCGAUGCGCGUGUGUUCCCCCGUUUUGUUGCAUCUAUAGAGAGCAGCGUUAUGGGAGCGCGUAGGCUGCAGCCCAUGUGAAACACGGGACGUGUCGUUCAGAAUUAAACCGCAGGGCGCCUGUCAGUACCCCUGCCUUUCAAUCAGCCUAACAGACUGGAGGAUUUAUUUGCUGAUGCCAACAUCUCCAGAUUGCCUGUAUGGCCGGAUCAUGAAGUUUCUGACGUUUUUCCUUCUGCUUCCAGAGACCCUAAAGAGGACUAGAAAGAGUGGGAAAGAGCCCGGCAAGCUGCCAGCAUGCUAUGAGAUCGUGACUUUGUCCUUGAAGAAGAAGAUGGCUGCAGAACUGUAUCCUGCAAGCAUAAACACCAAUCUGCCAAACAGCAACGGACCAGCAGUAACUGCUGCCAGCAAAAAGAGCAUCGUUCAGGUGACCCAAACAGUGACCACCCCGACAUCCACCGCCACUCAGCAGAAUAUCAACAAUAACAACGUCGAGACUGCCACCUGGCAGGCUACUCAUCCAACGCUGCGAGAACGGAAUGCUUUGAUGUUCAAUAACGAACUCAUGGCUGAUGUUCAUUUUAUUGUGGGUCCCCCUGGCGAGUCCCAGAAAGUUCCAGCACAUAAGUAUGUAUUGGCGGUGGGGAGUUCGGUGUUCGGUGCCAUGUUUUAUGGGGACCUAGCUGAAGGCGAAUCAGAGAUUCAUAUUCCUGACGUGGAGCCUGCUGCUUUUUUAAUCCUAUUGAAAUACCUGUACAGUGAUGAGAUUGAACUGGAGGCGGACACAGUGCUGGCCACUCUGUACGCCGCCAAGAAAUAUAUAGUGCCUGCCCUGGCCAAGGCUUGCGUCACCUUCUUGGAGACCAGUCUGGAGGCCAAGAACGCCUGUGUGCUGCUGUCCCAGAGCCGGCUGUUUGAAGAGCCUGAGCUCACCCAGCGCUGCUGGGAAGUUAUUGAUGCUCAGGCUGAGCUGGCUCUCCGCUCUGAAGGCUUCUGUGAAAUUGACCUGCAGACUUUGGAGAUCAUCCUGAAGCGAGAGACUCUAAACACUCGGGAAGCCAUAGUCUUUCAGGCUGUCCUGGACUGGGCUGUGGCCGAAUGCAAAAGGCAAGGACUGGGCCCAACGGCUCGCAACAAGAGGGCAGUGCUGGGCAAGGCCCUCUACCUUGUGCGUAUCCCGACCAUGACACUGCAGGAGUUUGCAGAUGGAGCAGCGCAGUCGGAUGUGCUGACACUGGAAGAGACUCAUGACAUUUUUCUCUGGUACACAGCAGCCAAUAAGCCCAAACUGGACUUCCCACUGACAAAGAGGAAGGGGCUGACGCCACAACGCUGCCACCGUUUCCAGUCCUCCGCUUACCGCAGCAACCAGUGGCGCUACCGUGGACGCUGCGACAGCAUCCAGUUUGCUGUGGACAAGCGGAUCUUCAUCGCAGGACUGGGCCUGUAUGGCUCCAGUGGUGGAAAGGCAGAGUACAGCGUCAAGAUCGAACUGAAGCGCCAAGGAGUGAUCCUGGCCCAGAACCUGACUAAAUUCAUUUCAGAUGGUUCUAGCAGCACCUUCUCCGUGUGGUUCGAGCACCCGGUUCAGGUGGAACAGGAUGCCUUCUACACAGUCAGUGCUGUGUUGGAUGGGAAUGAGCUCAGCUACUUUGGGCAAGAGGGAAUGACAGAGGUGCAGUGUGGGAAGGUGACCUUUCAGUUCCAGUGCUCUUCAGACAGUACAAAUGGCACUGGUGUGCAGGGAGGUCAGAUCCCAGAGCUGGUCUUCUACGCAUGAAAUGUGUAAGGAUGGCCUUAUUGAAGUGCAUUCCGCCCAUCUGGAUUUGGAUGCAAUGAACACAUGGAAAGUACAGGGUCCUAAGAGGCUCUUGCCUUCUUUUCAAUGUAGCAGUGGAGGACAAUUGAAUGGCAAAGCCUGUUCAUGCUAAAACAGACUCUUCUUAGACAAAGUAUGAGUGAAGGAAUGCUCCUCUGCUUUAUUUAUUAAAAAAGAAGUAUAUUUGAUUUAAUUAUUGAUGCUGCGGCAUGCAGAUCUAUAUAAAUAUAUAUAAACAAAGAUAUAGAUGUAUUGCACUCCUGGUGGCUCACCACUAGCGUUUGUGUUUUGUACAUAACCUGAGGCUAAUUUGUUUACAGCUUGAUGCUGACUGACAAAUGAAAUGUCUUGUAUUAGUGUGCAGCUUACUAAACUGCAGAUCAUAAAGGUUUUUGUGAUUCAAACUGCAAA